AUGGACACAGUGCGUAUUGCAGUUGUCGGAGCUGGCGUGAUAGGGCUGUCAACCGCCAUGUGCAUUUCCCAGCUGGUCCCCCGCUGCUCCGUGACGGUCCUCUCAGACAAGUUCACUCCUGAAACCACCAGCAAUGUGGCAGCUGGGAUGCUCAUCCCGCACAGGUACCCAGACACCCCUGUGCCCACGCAGAAGCGGUGGUUUUCGGAGACCUUCCAACACUUGUCCACAAUUGCCAAGUCUGCAGAAGCUGCAGACGCGGGUGUUCAUCUGGUGUCUGGUUGGCAGGUGUUCCAGCAUGCCCCCCACGAAGAGGUGCCUUUCUGGGCUGAUGUCGUUCUGGGAUUUCGAAAGAUGACAGAGGCUGAGCUGAAGAGAUUCCCUCAACACGUCUUUGGUCAGGCCUUUACAACGCUGCAGUGUGAGACUUCUGCCUACCUCCCGUGGCUGCAGAAAAGGAUACAGGAAGGUGGAGGUCUGCUACUCACCAGGAGAAUAGAAGAUUUGUGGGAGCUGCAGCCAUCCUUUGACAUCGUGGUCAAUUGCUCAGGCCUGGGAAGCAGACAACUUGUGGGAGACUCCACGAUUUCCCCUUUGAGGGGCCAAGUGCUCCGGGCACAUGCCCCCUGGGUGAAGCAUUUCAUCAGAGAUGGGAGUGGCCUGACGUAUGUCUACCCUGGCACAUCCUAUGUAACCCUGGGAGGAACCAGACAGAAGGGGGACUGGAAUCUAUCCCCAGACGCGGGACUCAGCAGAGAGAUGUACUCUCGAUGCUGUGCUCUUGAGCCCUCUCUCCACAGAGCCUGCAACAUAGAAGAGAGGGUGGGCCUGAGGCCCAGCCGGCCAGCUGUGCGUCUGCAGAAGGAGGUCCUCGUCCGGGGAGGACAGAGGCUGCCUGUGGUCCACAACUAUGGCCACGGGAGUGGGGGCAUCUCAAUGCACUGGGGCUCUGCUCUGGAAGCCACCAGGCUGGUGAUGGAAUGCAUCCAUACCCUCAGGACCCCAGUUACUCUUUCAAAGAUGUAGCUGAUGACAAGGGUCAGCAAAUAACCCCAGGCAGUAUUGCUCGAAGCACAGUUUAAGGCCCUCAUAAUGUUUCCACUGCUUGAAAGUCGAAUCUGACCCUCUCUGUCUCCAAAAUCAGAAAUCAUGCAGCACACAUCAGCAGACUUAGAAAGCUUGCCUCUAACGACACAGGGCACAAAGCGCCUACUUUUGUCAAAACACGUUAUUAAAAAAUGCUUGCUGAAUAGAGUAGCGUUUGGGGAGGCUCUCAUGGCACUGCAUGGAUGAUGUAAGUGACAGGGGUUUUUGUGUCUUUGGCUCAUAAACUCGUAAGAGGAUACGAUGUGCGGGAAACGCUUGGACCCCUGACAGUGGUAGAGUUGUGUAGCAUCCUCUUGGGUCACAGAGCCAACCCAGUAAGCAUUACCAUCUCUCCAGAUAAGAGCACACAGUGAGGGCCUCCUGUAUUUAACUGAAGGCAAAGUAUGGUCGUUGCCCGUGGCAGCUGCCUCCUCCCCUCAGCUGGCAAUGAGAGUUGGCGACAGAGGUGGGGUUGCCUAAGGCAGUGGCGCCAGUUAGGAGCAGCUGCGAGUCUGCCACUGUGUGUGUUUCAUUGUUUCUGGGAGGAAACACCUAACAGAGACAACCUGAAGCAUUAGUUUGCUCACUGAGUCACACGAGGGAGGGCCCUUAGAACAGAGAUGCUCCACUUAGGCCCGUGAGAAAGCAGAGUGGAGAGGCCCCCUCCCUCCCUCACCGCCAGUUACCUACGCCCUCCAGCCAUCCCCACCUCCUACAGUUUAUUCUUCAAUGGUUCGUUCAAUUCUUGGAUUUAUAAAAGGAUUAAGUCAUUGAUUAGGUCAUCUCUAUCUACCCUCAGCUGCGCCCAGAGCGGUGUUUCAGCACUCACCUAAGCCACAGCCCAUCCUGUCAAGGUGACAAUGGGGACUUACCAUGUCGGUCACCUACUCUGCACGUCCCAUUAGAGCAAGUGGAGGGAAGAAAGCUGGCUGACCGCACAGUGAAUGAGCAUCGUGGAAGACGGAGUAGUCUGCAACCAAAGAGCUGAUUUGUUAGUGGAGACGGAAUGGUCUUAUUAAAUGAUGUACAACACAAAGCAUCCUUCAGUUAAAAAGUAUUAAGGAGGAAAGGAAUGCGUCUUGCGACAAAACAAGUCUGAGAAUUGCUGAGUUGAAUAAUUUGGCGGGAUUCCCUAACUUAGGUCUAUUAGGAACCGUUACCCUGUCCCUGCGCUUUGGGGAUCCUUGGGGGUGCUCCUCUUGGCUUGGGAGAAGAUGUACUCAUUCACUGAGAUACGCAGUCUUGGGGCAGUGAUAUUCUGAAGGGAGGUGCUUUUGCUUCUGAAUAAUGGAGUCUAUCCUGAAGGUAUUUGGGGAGGUGUGGGUUUGGCCGUACAUACAGGGACAAGGCAGGAGAGAUGGCUCAGCAGUUAAGAUUGCUCACAAUCUUAUCUACAACAUAUCUACAG